GCAGUGACAAUUUGUGAACGGCUAAUUGUAGAUUUCACUUGAAAAUUCUGGAAUUAUUCCGUUUAAACCUCUUCAUAAUUAUUCAAAAAUAACGCUUAAUCCAUCAGCGGCCUACAGCGCUAAGCCACAAUGCCGCAAGCUCGGCGCAAGACUCCCUUCAGCGGGAAAGCUAAAAAGCAGCAACUGCAGUCUAAAAAACAAAACAAGACACUUUUGAUGUCCACGUCAUCAGGCACGACCUCGUACGACGUGGUAUCAGUGAACUACCAGCCGACGCGCGGGCGAGGCGGCCGAGACACCAACAGAUACGCGCUCAAGUUCUACCGAGAAACUGAAGAGGAACUGAAGAUUAAAAAGGAGGAAGCACUAAAAGAACUAAUUCCGGUACCAGAAAAAGAUUUAGAAGUGAAUCCUGUGGACUACUUCCCAGCGGACGUGUCAUUCCCGAAGCGACCGCCAUGGGACUUUAAUAUGACGCCGGCACAACUAGACGCACAAGAACAGAGAUAUUUUAAGAACUACAUAGACAGUCUCCAAGCGUCAGAGCACUGGAAGAAGAUGUCAUACUUCGAGCUGAACCUGGAGACCUGGAGACAACUGUGGAGAGUUCUGGAAAUGUGUGACAUACUGCUGCUUAUUGUCGACGUCAGAUACGCUGGCAUGAUGUUCCCGCCAUCUCUUUAUUCAUACAUACAGGCACAGAAGAAGGAUAUGAUUCUAGUUCUGAACAAGAUAGAUCUAGUCCCCUCCUCAGUAGUGGCGGGGUGGAAGCAGUAUCUGACUACUGCUUACCCCGCGCUCAGAGUAUUGUACUUCACCUCGUGUCCUGCUUACAACCUUCGCGGAGUAACUAGCGAUAAGGCAGGUCAGUCAAAUGAAGACUUUUGUGAGACAAUAUUAGAAAAAGCAGACACAUCUUUCUACACGCACGAACGGUACAAGUCCGGCGUCCUAUCUAUUGGCUGCGUGGGACAGCCUAAUGUCGGCAAGUCGUCCCUAUUGAACGCUUUAAUGGGACGCUGCGUGGUAUCAGUCUCCAAGACUCCGGGACACACGAAGCACUUCCAGACUAUUUAUUUGACGCCUCAGGUACGUCUAUGCGACUGUCCUGGUUUGGUGUUUCCGUCGACUGUUCCACGGCCGAUACAAAUACUCAUGGGAUCGUACCCCAUAGCGCAGUUACGGGAACCUUAUACUACAAUUAGGUAUCUAUCGGAAAGACUGGACAUGCCAAAGCUUCUACGCAUAGAGCACCCAGAAGGCGACGAUACUUGGUCCCCGCGAGACAUAUGCGAUGGAUGGGCGAAGAAGAAAGGGUACCUUACUGCUAAAGCGGCCAGAUUAGACACGUAUAGAGCGGCGAACAGUCUGCUCCGGAUGGCUCUCGACGGCAGAAUUUGCCUGUGGCUUCGACCUCCAGGGUUCGCGGAACAUCGAGACAAAUAUGAAUCCUGCGAAGAAAUUAAGUACAUAAGAUGGGUGCAAGCGCUAACGUCAGACCAAGAAGAACAAAAGUCCGACGUUCUGACCUCAGAAUCUGAUGAUGACAGACAUUCUGAUGACUCUGACGCUGAUGAUGACAGCACUGAUGAUAGCGAAACGGCUGCUAUAGCGAAUAAGUUCGCAGCUUUAGCUGGCGAUGAUUAAAUAUGUAUUUUUUUUAUAUAACUCGGCUCCUAUUUGUGGUAGCGAUAUGUUUUAUAGAUUAUAAUCUUCCUCGAUAAAUGGACUGUACAACACAAAAAGAAUUAUUCAAAUCGAACUAGUAAUUACAGAGAAAUGCGCAUUUAAACAAAUAAAUUCUUAAGUAUUGUAUUAUGGUAAUAUUCCCCAAAUCGAACCCACUACCCGCGUCGCCGGUGAACGUACCGUGCGCUUCAACAUCGUCGCACGCGCCGCCGCCGGAGCUGGAAGCUAACGCUCGCCCGCCAGGGGGCGCCGCCUGGACAUAUCGCCGCGACCGCGCACUCUGCUCAUGAGGAAGAACCCCUCUGUGGUUCGAAACUA